UUGGGGGCUGCGGUCGCUCCGCAGCUCGCAGGUCACAUGGCCUGCCGGAGCGAGGGGACCCGGCGCGGGAGCUGCGCCGCGGGAGGAGGUGAGGCGCCGCGGGAGGAGGUGAGGCUCCGGCGCGCACCAGAACCGCGCUGCGCCCUCUCCGCCUGGGCCUUCGGGUUGGGCGAUGGUUCCUCUGUGGCGAUGAGCACACCCGCCUAAGCGACGCCAGAGGCGGCCCUCGGCGCACCAGCUGACCGCCCCCACCGGGUUUGACUUGCGCUGAUUUGGGCCUGCAUUCCAGGAUGGUUUGUUCUUGGGACCAGACCUGACCAGAAGUUGACCUCAUGAGUGCAUCAGCCCCUCCCGCUGCCAUGCUCCUCCGGAGGCUGAGACGGCUCUCCUGGGGCAGCACCGCUGUCCAGCUCUUGAUCUUAACGGUGGUGACAUUCGGCUUGCUGGCCCCCCUAGCCUGUCACCGCCUUCUGCACUCUUACUUCUAUCUACGCCACUGGCACCUGAACCAAAUGAGUCAGGAGUUCCUGCAGCAAAGUUUGAAAGAAGGUGAAGCUGCCCUCCACUACUUUGAGGAGCUGCCGUCUGCCAAUGGCUCGGUGCCCAUCGUCUGGCAGGCCACCCCCCGCCCCUGGCUGGUCAUCACCAUCAUCACUGUCGACAGGCAGCCUGGCUUCCACUAUGUCUUGCAGGUGGUGUCCCAGUUUCACCGACUUCUGCAGCAAUGCGGCCCCCAGUGCGAGGGGCACCAGCUCUUCCUGUGCAACGUGGAACGUAGCGUGAGCCAUUUCGAUGCCAAGCUGCUGUCUAAGUAUGUCCCCGUGGCCAACCGCUAUGAGGGCACUGAGGAUGAUUAUGGUGAUGACCCUUCGACCAACUCGUUUGAGAAGGAGAAGCAGGACUAUGUCUAUUGCCUGGAGUCCUCCCUGCAGACCUACAACCCAGACUACGUCCUGAUGGUGGAAGACGACGCCGUUCCGGAAGAGCAGAUCUUCCCGGUCUUGGAGCACCUUCUGCGGGCUCGCUUCUCGGAGCCGCACCUCCGAGAUGCCCUUUAUCUGAAGCUCUACCAUCCCGAGAGGCUGCAGCACUACGUCAACCCGGAGCCCAUGCGGAUCCUGGAGUGGGUCGGCGUGGGCAUGUUGCUGGGGCCCUUGCUAACCUGGAUAUACAUGCGGUUUGCCAGCCGCCCCGGGUUCAGCUGGCCUGUCAUGCUCUUCUUCUCCCUGUAUAGCAUGGGUCUGGUGGAACUGGUGGGCCGGCACUAUUUCCUGGAACUGCGGCGGCUGAGUCCUUCCCUGUACAGCGUGGUCCCUGCCUCCCAGUGUUGCACCCCAGCCAUGCUCUUCCCGGCCCCUGCGGCCCGCCGGACCCUCACCUACCUGUCCCAGGUGUAUUGCCACAAAGGCUUCGGCAAGGACAUGGCGCUCUACUCCCUGUUGAGGGCCAAGGGCGAGCGGGCCUACGUGGUGGAGCCCAACCUCGUGAAGCAUAUUGGGCUCUUCUCCAGCCUUCGGUACAACUUUCAUCCCAGUCUGCUCUAGCGUGCCAGGAAAUGCCUUUCUGAACGUGGCCGCUUCUCGAUGAUUCCAAUAUCGAGUUCUUUAUUUGGACGUGGUUGCUUGCAAUUAUUAUGUUGUUUCAUGUUGUUAGGGAUCUAGGCACUGAGACGGCCGAGAACACACCUGUCAAGAAACUUGGCUUUGGUAGCUCUGGCUGGAGCGGUUGUUCGCCCCCCGGCGAGAGCCCUCUCCCUCCACAGAGCCACGCUGCCUCCCCCAGGGGACACUUCAGUACCAGAUGUAUUCUGCAGUCGUCCUCAGCUCUGCUUUGUGAAAGAGCUCGUAACUGCCAAAAAUAUUGUGCACAAAGAUAUGACUGUUUUAGGAUUUUAAGGGUAGAAUUUGGUGAAAGGCAAUAUACUUUCGAAUUGGUUUCUCUCUCACUGGGUAAGAGAACAGAUUUAUGUCUAGAAUAUAAGUCUGAAGAGGCAGGACCAUAUUGACAGGUUCCGUUUGUUUCUUUGACCUGGUGUAGUAAAGCCGGUCGGUUAAGGCCGUCACAGUGCCUGGUGAC